AUGGGUGGUGGAAGAAAGAACUUCCUGACCCACAAAUUGAAAGAUGAAGAAGGAAAUCCUGGAUACAGACGUGACAAUGCGGACCUGAUAAAAGAAUGGCAGCUUAAUAGAAAAUCGCUGGGGGCGUCCCCGAAAUACGUAUUCAAUAGAACACAACUGCAAUCACUCGAUUUAAAAGAGUACAAUAGUGUGUUGGGGCUUUUCACAUAUGAUCAUAUGCCGUAUCACUUAGAGGCAGGCGAUGAUGUCCCAGUAUUGAGUGAAAUGACCCACAAAGCUAUUGAGAUAUUGUCGAAGAAUAAAAAUGGGUUCGUGUUAUUCGUUGAAGGAGGGAGAAUCGACACAGCUCACCAUGAGACGAAAGCUCGUAAGGCUUUGGAUGAAACUGCUGAAUUAGCGAAGGCCGUGGAAUUGGCAUUGAGGAUGGUAGAUACUGAGGAGACCCUUAUUAUUGUGACGUCAGAUCACAGCCACACCAUGUCGUACAGCGGAUAUAGCAAACGAGGAACUGAUAUCUUGGGAUUCACGAAUAUAAUGAACGCGUCAGAUAAUAUGCCUUAUACGACUCUCAGCUAUGCGAACGGACCUGGCUACAAGCCUCAUGAGGAAUUCCAAAGACAUAAUUUAAUGUUGGAUGAUAUAGAAAACCUGAACUUCACGUACCCGUCGUUGGUACCGAUAGCCAGGGAAACCCACGGCGGGGAGGACGUGGCAAUCUUCGCCAAGGGACCGUGGUCGCAUCUUUUCACUGGAAAUUACGAGCAGAAUUUCAUUCCUCAUGCCAUUGCUUUCGCUGCAUGUAUUGGCCCUGGAUUUACAAGCUGUAAAUCAUGA